AUGAAGAUUGCCCCUUUUUUGACUCUCGCUUCUGGCAAUGCGCUGGAUAUGAAACGACUGCUUCCUGGAAACUUGCUCAGAGAAGCGCGAGAAAAAUUUCAGAUUUUUGACCCGAUUCCAGAGGGAAGUUUUGGGGCAAAGCCGGUGGGGGAUUUGAAACUUCCCCGGGGCGAUUCUUCGAUUGAAAAAGCUGAUGAGCUUUGCAAGAAAAAUUUCGGAAUAGAAGCUUACUCAGAAUAUCUUGCUGAAGGAGCUCAGGGUGUCGUGUACAAAUGCGUCAAUGAUGUGACUGGAACAGCCGUUGCUCAAAAAAUGUAUAAAAACCCGUAUUUCAUCGACACCGAUCGCGCGCGUCAAGUCGACCAAGCAAUGGGUGACACGGGAAAUGGCCCGGAAGUGUACGGCUUUGAAGAAUACAAACCCGACAUCGGUGACAUCGACUGCUGCGAUUUGAGUGACUGCGAUCCAUUCUACGAAGGUUGUGCUGAUUGCUCGUCUUGCCCGCAAGAUGCGUACUUUUGCAAAUUCGAGGAGUUGCUCUUUGGAAAAAGCUUGGACAAGAUUGAAGAACUGGGGGCGAAUCAGCCGGAGAUUUAUCGAGUUGCUGCGAAACUGUUUGCGAAAUUGCAUACUGUGACGGAAGAGGAAUUGCCGAGAAAGAUGGACUACUGCUAUCGAAGCUGGCCAUGGAAUACCAGAGCAAUGGAAGCCGCCCUCAACAACUGGGGAACCAAGACCAGGGAAUUCGUCACCUCCCUCAUCAAAGAACACCCUAUCGAAGCUGGAACCAUCAAGAUCACCAAUAUCGACGAGUACAUGGCAUUCCUCUACGACCUCCAAUACGCGACAAUUUCCCCUGGUGUCUGGGCACACAAUGAUCUUCACCCAGGAAACUUUUUCGUUCGGGACGCGCCGGAGGGCACGCCAAUGGAGGAACGAUUGUUGUUCAUUGAUUAUGACAACUCUGAUUUUGGACUGAGGAAUUUCGACUUUACCUACUAUCUCUUGAACUCUGACUUUUCAGAUGAAGUCCUCUACGAAGACUUCUUGGCUGCUUACGCUCGGGAAUAUACGAAAAUUGGAGCCCGAGAACUCACUUAUGAGCAGCUGAAUCAAGAAGUUUUCUGCAACUUUCCGUUUGCCUACAUGAACAGGGUCUAUCUUUUUGCAACGUAUGGCGGGGAGAAUUUCGCGAAGCUGUAUUACUAUGGAUUCAUGGUUUGGGCCGAAGAAUAUGGAAACGGGAAUGUGAGCUGCCCGUGGGAAGGUCGAUAUCCAGAGUAUCCAAAGUGUUACCCAAUUGCUUGA